AUGCCUUACAUCCCCAGCCUGCCGCAGAUCCCUAACCGGUACGCUGCGACCCACGCCGAUCCUCAGGGCGAAGGUGACGCCCGCCCAACCGCUUUACAGAUCAUCCAAGACGAGGGUCUGAUUGGACAAUUGUUCGACAAAGUCGCGCUGGUCACCGGUGGUACCAACGGAAUUGGACUUGAAAUUGUUCGCCAUCUAGCAAAAACUGGCAUGAAAGUCUUCUUCACCUCCCGUGACUUCGCGAAGGGUGAAAGGGUGAAGAGUGAGCUGGAGAGCCAAGACUCUGGCUUGAGAUUAAAAGUCAUAGAAAUGGAACUCAAGAGUUUAAAGAGCGUCAAGAGAGGCGCUGAGGAAGUUUUGAAUAACACUGGCCGGCUAGAUCUUCUCGUCAACAAUGCAGGUAUCGCGGCGACACCGCGUGGCUACACAGAAGAGGGCUACGAACAGCAGUUUGGUGUCAAUCACCUUGCACAAUUCUACCUAUUCCAGCUGCUCAAACCUCUCCUUUUAAAAACGGCUGCCGACAACAACGUAAACGUGCGAGUCGUCACCACCUCCAGCACAUCACACACGGCUUCGACCGUACUGCCGGAAAACAACUAUGACACUGCGAACCCCAACGGAAAAGGUUAUGAGCCUGGAGUCUCAUAUGCUCACUCCAACACGGCCAAAAUUUGGUUCUGUAAUGAAGUUGAGCGGCGCUACGGCUCUGAGGGGGUACAUGCCAUCAGUAUUCACCCUGGCGGUUUUGGCAGUGGCUUGAUGAAGUCUUCAGAUGAGGAAACCCGCAAAAUGUUAGAGAAAUUGAUCCAGAUGCCUCACAUCAGAAAAGUUUGGAAGAGUGUUCAACAAGGCGCUGCCACCAGCGUACUAGCAGCUGUUGGCAAGGAGUAUGAUGGUGUUGGAGGAUUCUAUAUGGAGGACUGUGGUGUUAGCAAGCCCAUUCCCGACGAUACCAAUUGGGCUGGGUAUGGAUUCAAGUCAUGGGCCUUUAACGAAGAGGGCGAGAAGAAGCUUUGGGAUGAUUCGUUGAAGAUGGCUGGGCUGGAGGAUGGCCAUUGA